GGGUCUGGAAAAGGGGGAUGGGAUGUGGGUGUGAAGGGAUGCAGCCCCCCCAAAAGAAAUCGAGGUGAAACUGAAAUGCCUACCAAUGAUGGUCCAAUGCAAAACCUGAGAAGAAAGAGAGGGAUAAAGGACAAGCAUAUAUUUGUCUAAAAAACGGGAAAAGGAAAAAAAAGCCAUGAAAAAUCGAGGCAAAAACAUAUACGUUGAGGUCUAACCACGAACGAUAAAGGUGGAAGAAAGGAGUUUUCUGCCUGCAACACCCAAGCACUAAGCUCAUUUCCUUAAUAAACGAAGAGCUAUUGGAAACCUACAAGGGACAGACAAAGGCAAACCAAAAAAAGGGGGCAAAAGAGACCGCAAGUCAGAGGACAAUACAAAUGGCUGGAAGAAUCAUGACUUGACUCGGCAUAGCAAAACGCCAACCUGAGAUACCGGGUGAAGGUGGUUUAUGGCAGUGCGCUGAAUCGCAUGCUGUCACCCACCGUUGCGCGAAAUCUACUGCGUAGAAUAGCGAGAAAUUGCGAGGGGAGUGAGCAGGUAGAUUACCAAGCCUGCCUCUCAUAGAAGAAAUUCCUGUCACCGGAAAAAAUAACGGGGUAUCGCUGCCGCAAAGGACCUAGACCGUAAUAGAUGCGAUGAAAUAAAACACGUUGCUGAAGUUUGUACAAACGGAAUGUUGUUGCUUCCGAGUGUACAGUGACAUUUUCCUGAGGCAGUGCGACCUGUGAUACCAUAACAGGCAGAAGGCUCCAGCAGACGAGAAUCCAGCUGUUCCCUACCACGUCUGGCACUGAAGAGAUUCGCAGAGAUGUAAAGUGACGCUACCAGAGGAGAGCUCCAGUUGGAUCUUCCGCAGGUGGUGCCCUCUGGCCCAGGGCCUCUCUUGUCUUGCACUCUGGACAUUCAGCACUGGAGAAUUCUUUGCUUUCUCUCUGUCACAUGACGGCACACAGCCUGCAGAAGACCCAGGGAGAAGGCAUCGUCCCUACCCAUAUCUGAACAGAGGAAGGGAGACCCCAACAGCUGGGUGACUCGCUUGCCAACGUGGGAGAAAAAGACUUACUGAAGAAUUCCUCACUCUUGCUGACAGAGUGAUUGGUGAUUAAGGCCAUCUGGGAGGAGCUGCUGAGAGAACUGUUCUUAUAAGCCGCAGGAAUCUAUAUUUAACUAUAUAGCCACAUUUUUGACAUUGGGCUCUUGUUUGGGGGCAACCCACGAGUCCCCAACCAUCUGGAAGAACUAACAGGAAAGGAGUGAAAGCCAGGACUCAACCACAGCUUCAGGACCUGAACGAGGCUUCUUCCAAGAUCAGCAUCUGAGCCUGUGAAUCUGUAACAGUUGCUACGUCCAGCCACUAGAUGGUGGUAGACAACAAACUUUAAAAAAGCAGAGCCCUUACUCUAUACCCGCCCACUGUGACUCUAAGGAUUGUCGCCUAGCGGUCGGCCUGCGGCAGGAUCCUGAGCCCUCCGCAGCUGUGACAUUCCUGAGUAGGUCGGGGACUGUGUAUCUGAAUCCUGAAUCUGCAAUCAAAAGGCCAGCACCAGAGGUGACCACUCACAGCCUCAAUCUUUCUACAUUUUGCAUUUGCACGAGAGAGUAGAAUUUGACCAGAACUACAAUUGUAUCAGCAGCAGCAUCAGGACAGAGGACAGAGGCACCAGUGAGAGGGGUACUCCUACCACAUUUUACUUAAGAUUACACGUGUUUUCUUUGUGAAGAAACAAUGGCUCUUCUAAAGAUACACGGUUUCGUCCAAAUCCGAAGCAAGAACCGGAGCAAGCACACCCGGGGUUCUCAGUGGAAAGAGGCAGUCAUCGAAACAGUGGAGAGGAAGCAGAAGGCUAGUCUGGUGGUGUCCUUUAAGUUGGAAGGAAGGAGAAGGGUUUUCCCGCUGGGUGGUAAUGUUGCAGGUGUAGUGGUUAGUUAUUGUGAGGCUGGACUGCAUCGUCUGCAUUUAACUCUGAAAGAUGACACGUCCUUACUCAUCGACAAGCUAUCUGCCUUCGAUGUUGAACAGUUGAAGGCUGUCCUGGAUUCUGUCCAUCCAUCUGAAUCCCAACAACUCGAGGAACCAGAGAGGAAUCCGGAUGUUCUUGAAAGCGGCGAUCUAUUUUGCCGGAAGCACCAGGAUACAUUUUGUGGAUCUUUGAAUAUCACACAAGAAAGUGAGACGCUGUUCCCCAUGAAUAUGUCGCUUUCAAUGGCAAACUCCACCAGCGGUUAUGUUGAAGAAGAGAGAACAGAGAAACAGAACAAGAAGCGGAAGACGAUCUCAACAUCCACUGUAGAAUUGAAUGAGGUCUUUCUCAAAGAAAGUAAUACCGAAUCAAGAAAGAAAUCCAAGAGCUACAACUCCAGGAACAAAAGAAACAAAGGAGAGAAGCUGAUGCCUAUAAGAGAUCAGGAAAUGCAUAACAACUGGAAACUUGAGCCGUUAUUCAGUACCAACUCCUGCGGGAAGCUUGACCUAGAUGACACUGUUUUUGCAAGCGGAUCCAAGUUUAGCCAGGAGAUCCCAAUACACAACGAUAUCCAGUCUCCUCUCGAUACUUGCGCAAAGCAACUGACACGUGAAGGCUUCCCCAAUUUGGGAAACACCUGCUACAUGAAUUCCAUCUUACAAUCUGUCUUUGGGAUCCCAACCUUCGCAAAGGACUUGCUCACACAAGGAAUCCCAUGGGAGAAAGUUUCCUGUGAUGAUCUCAUCAAGCCCUUAAGCCAACUUCUUGUCUUGAAAGACAUCAGAGAUGUAGAGAUCAAGGGACAGUUACUCAUAAAUGUGAAGAAAUCCAUUUCCACGGUUGCAGACACAUUCUUGGGCGAUGAACAAAAUGAUGCCCAUGAAUUUUUAAGUCAGUGCUUAGAUCAGUUGAAACUGAACGUGGAGAAACUAAAUGCCAUGUGCUAUACUGAGAGGGAAAACGAAGUUGAGGAUUUUUUUCCAUCCACAUAUGCUGGGACUGCCUCCAACAAAAUGUUUGUUUGUCCUGUCAGUGCUAAUUUUGAAAUAGAGCUGGAUAGCUCUAUUGUUUGUGAAGCCUGUGGUGAGGCGACCUUCAACACCGAAGUGAGUAAUUACCUCUCUGUUGACCUGCACCAAGGGACAAAAGAACACCCUCUGUCGAUUCAGAAGUCACUUGAUCUUUUCUUCACACCUGAAAAAAUUGAGCGCAAUUGUGAGAAGUGCAAGAACAAGAAUUCUGUGCUCAGAUAUACUUUGAGGAGACUCCCAAGGGUCCUUAUCCUUCAUCUGAAACGCUACCACUUUACUGCUAACAGGUUGUUAGUGAAGAGCCAGCAGCCAGUUGAGAUUUCAAAGUAUCUGGAUGUCUCUUCCCAUUGCAAUGAAAACACGAAGCCACCAUUUCCCUUGACCAGUCAGUCCCCUCACGAGGCCUUUGGUGUCCCAAAUGUCUCUGAAGAGAUGAUGCCUGACAUCCUCAGCCAGUCAAUACCAGCCAAGAGGGUGGCUUCAGACUUCAUUGAUUUCACAGUCCUACAGGUUGGAUCCACUGAGGACGCUGAAGUCCAAACCUUGCACAGGAUGUAUGAGGAGCUCAGUGAGGAGCAGUGGCAGAGAGGCCUUGAAAACAGUCCUAAAGUGGAGCCAAAGGCAGUAAAGAGAGAAAACAGGAUGCUCAGCGAGAAGACAUUGCCAGCACCGGACUCAAUGAUGUGCGAACCUAUCAGCAUCCACAUCCCAGGUCUUGCAGAGAUAGGUCUUCAACAGGUCUCCAAGAAUUCAGAAUUCAAGAAGUAUGAGAAAAUUAAUGUAUAUGGAAAGUCAGAUCAUUACACUACUACUGAGAUGUCCAAUUAUUUGUGUGAUCUUAAAGAACAAAACAUCCUGGAUGGAUCUCAAGAAAUUGCUGAACAGCUCCUCCAGAUGCACGGGAGUAGAAUCCACGCGGAAUUGCUGCCUUGGGCAUCACCUCAAAGUGUUCGCAGUACCGAGGAAGACGCAGGAGCCAGGAACACUGAAACUGACUCAAAAAACGCAGCAAUGGGAGCCGAUCCCCAGAACUACAGGCUCGUCGGUGUCGUCAGCCAUUUUGGGAGCUCCCAAGAUUCAGGCCAUUAUGUAAGUGAUGUGUAUGACUUUCAAAGGCAGGCAUGGCUUCUGUACAGUGAUGUCCAAGUGUUCGAGAUCCCAGAGGCCUUGAUUCAGGAGAAUCGGCUUCACACUGGAUACAUUUUUUUUUACAUGCGAAAUGAGAUUUUUGAUUGGCUGUUGAAAAAGGCAUCAGAGUGCAAGUUACUGAACACAUCUCAAGAUGAAAAGAAUACAGAACUUUUUUCCACAUUGCUUAAUGGCUUUACAUACCUUCUAGAAGAAUCCUAAAUUCUACCCAGAAGAAUCACACAGCUCAAGAUUAAAACUCAACAAACAGAACACAGCAAACAAACAAACUUAUUAGGAGAGAAACCCAGACAGCUCUGAUCAGGCGAUGCACCAUUCUCUCUAAGAAGGCCAGAAUGGUGUUUUUUUUCUUUUGUUGGCUGCAUCCCUGGCUGUCCUGGAACUCACUCUGUAGACCAGGCUAUCCUCAAACUCCACCUGCCACUGCCUCCCUAGUGCUGGUAUCAAUGUGUGUAUCACCACCAGCCAGAAAUGAUUUUUUUAAAAAAAUUAUUUAUGUUUAUUUAGUGUGCACUCGUGUUUGCCUGCACAUAAGUCAUCUGUGUGAAAGUGUUGGAUCCUCUGAAGCUGGAGGUACAGGCAGUUGUGAGCUGGCAUGUGGGUGGUGAGAAUUGAACCUAGAUCCUCUGGAAGAGCAGACUGUACUCUUUUCCACUGAGCCAUUUCUGGUAUCAGGAGGAUGACUUUUAAAAUACCAUUCUGAACCAACACAGCGAGGAGCUGGUUAUCGGUCCAAAUAUUAGGGUCCAGCAUCAUAAGCGGUUCAGAAACAGUACUGAUGGACUUAAAAGUUUGAGAAACAGUGUGUGGAAUUUCUCAUUUGUUAGUGUAAAUAUGAAUUGAUUAUGUCACCGAGAGGAUUUUCAUUAUUGUCUGUUUUUCCUAGAUUCAUAGGUACUGUUCUUUUGUCAAUUUAUUAAAACCACUGCCUUCUGUAUGUGUUUGACUCAUUGCUGAUGAAAUUCUCUAGCUGUCAACCAAGUUGUUUAUGCUUCCUUCAGAAUUGCAGGGCAUAACAUCUGGGUUAUAAGCAAAUAAUAGAUAGUUUGGUAAAUUUGAAAAUUCUAAGCCCUCUAAGGGCUCAGUGGGUAAAAAAACCCAGCCACCAAGCCUGGUGACUCUAUUUCUGCAAGUUGUGCUUUGAUCUCUAGAGGAGAUAAUAGAUACAUGUGCAUAUCAACGCAUAAAUAAAUGAGUGAAUAAGGUUUUUAAUGUCACUAUGUUGCUCUGGGUGGCUUGGAACUCUCUAUGUAGAUCAGGCUACCCCCAUUCUCACAGAUUUUUCCCUGCCCAGCCUCCUGAGUGCUGCUAAGUCCACACCACAACAUCUAGCUUAAAGCACUCUGAAUAAAUAUAUAUAGAUAUACUUGUUAGAUUUAAAUUCAGAUUGGCCAUGCUGUGGUGGUGUAAUAUAAAUAUACUUGUUAGAUUUAAAUCCAGAUUGGCCCUGCUGUGGUGAUGCACACCUUUAAUCCCAGCCCUUGGGAUGCAGAGGCAAGUGGAUCACUGAGUUUGAGGCCAACCUAUUCUAGAUAGUGAUUUCCUGGACUGCCAAGGAUAUACAGAGAAAUCCUGUCUUGAAAUCUGUCCCCGCCCCCAAAGAGAGAGAGAGAUGUUAAAUCCCGAUUGAUGUGAUGAUGUGAGAAAAUGUGGUUCAAGGGACAGAGUCUGAGACAGACGGUCCUUCAGGCGAGAGCCCCAUAGAUUAACAGAAACAGCACGGUGGUGUUCUGACGAGAGAGCUUUCAGAUCCUAAGACUAAGCAAGGUCCCCCUUAGUUUCCAAGGGAAGAAAGAGACCCUGUGCCAUGAAGCAAUAGGUUUACUUAAUGCAUAGCCCAUAGUCGAUGCUCACAGCUGGUCACCUCUGAUUUCUGGGCAGCAAGGGGAAGGAAAAACUAGUUGGAGUUUCUGGCUAUGAAGUGUGUAGCCUUAUCUGAGACAUGCCACAUCUAACUCUUUAAAAUAUGAAAAAAACGUAUAGAGUCACUUUCAAGGGUCUACAGAGAUAGUUCAGAAAGUCAGAGCAAGUCAGGAGGUGGUGGCACACACCUUUAUUACCAGUACUCAGGAGGCAGAGGCAGGUAGAUCUCUGAGUUCAAGGCUAGCCUGGUCUAUAAGAGGUAGUUCCAGGACAGGCACCAAAGCUAUACAGAGAAACCCUGUCUUAAAAAACCAAAAAAAAGGGCACUUGGUGUGCAAGCAUGAGGACCCGAGUUCAAAUCCCCAGCACUCAUACAACAAGCUGGUCAUGGCCACAUAUGCCUAUGACACCAGCACUAGGGAGCAGGCAGUGGUGGGUUGUAGAGCUCACUAACUAACCAACCUAGCCAAAUGGUAAAUGUAAGAUUCAGUUGUGGGACACUCAGCAGAGAAGACUGCUCAGACACUGGUUUUAGCCAAUAAAAGUCUUUACUAGCUGGCCGGGGACUACACUGGGUGUUCAGGAUCCCACUGUAAUCCAAAGCCUUUCUCAGGAUGAGCUUUCCAGCACAGAAACCAUGUCAUGGGUUCACACCCCUCAGUUAACAAGAUUUGGCUAGACGCAGAACUACAGUAGCCAAAAAAAACAAGGUUAGGAUUAGAGACUUCCCCUCAACUGCAGACUUGGACAGCUUAGUGUAGAGAGCAAAAGAUCUUGUACAUACAUUCAAGCCCUGGAGUUUCACUACUGGAGAUUUGUGUCUAUGUAUUAUGUAUGCAGUGCUCUGCCUGCAUGUAUCCCUGCAGGCCAGAAGAGGGCGCCAGAUCUCAUUACAGAUGGUUGUGAGCCAUGCUGGGAGUGGAAUGCUGGGAGUGGAACUCAGGACUUCUGGAAGAGCAGGCAGUGCUCGUAAGUGCUGAGCCAUCUCUCCAGGCUCCUUGUCUAUGUCUUUAUGUUUCCUUCUGAAAGCUCUCAGUUAGAUGCUACAACAAUGUAAUAUCUAAAAAGAACAGACUAUUAAUUUAUUAAAUAAUGCAGUUGUUAAAGUGGUCUCGCAAAAAUCAUCCUUUACUGUUGAAGAGUCUAUAGAAAUUACUGUGCCUCUUGAUAAAAUGCGGGUCAAUUGUUUCUCACUAAUAAGAAUUGACAGGGUGCAGUAGCGUGUUACUUGGAUUCUAUAAUUAUCCACAAUUUUCCCUCUUAAGAAUUUUAAAGAUGCAUUGUGGGUGUUUACCUAAAAUUACAUCUAAAAAUUCUUUAGAUUUAGGAUUUUAAAAUAUAAUAGAACCUGCUUCUAAUGCUUCUGUAGAUAAUUCUUUAAAAGGAAAAGGAACAUGUAUUCUAUAUAUGAAUUCCACAGGCUCCUCAGAGAGCGCCCAUCCCAGGUGGUAGAGCUGAAAAGUCUCAGCUUGCUAUAAUACAUAAGCUUUAAUUAGACGUUUCUUAGCCAUUAACUAUUUAAGUGACUUUGCUAUAUUUAAAUGCUGGUGACAGUUUUUUUUUGGAUGGAUUAAGAAAAAUCAAAAUCUUAUAGUCAUAAUGGAUAGCGUUGGGUCCCCAGUUUGCAUAUCCUCACCCCAGAUUGUUAUCCUGAAAAAAUAUUAUGGCUUAAUAUUAACUGAUCUCAUGUAUAAAUUAGCACAUUGAGGAGAUACUCUUUAUCUCAAGAUUUGUAGGUUCAAUGGAUAUGGGUAAAAUUCUGUAAAAUCUUAACAAAAAUUUAGCUUAAAACUCAUACUAAAAGACUGAUAGUUAAAUCUAUUAAUAACAUAAUUUUAGUUUACUUUAGCUUUAUGCAUACAUACACAUAUAUGAUUCAGGUCUUUAAAAAAUUAGGUCUGCUACAUUUCAGCAUAUAAAAUAGAUACAUUUUUAAUACCAGUCACAUAGUUUGCCUCCAUCUUAGCUGAUGUCUCAUCAGGAUAAAAAGUCCAUGUGCCUGGUUGCCAUCUUUCCUAAGGUUAAAAACCACAGUCCACACAAUUUACCACUUUCUUAAAGUGACCAUGUGGCAUCAACCAACUAAGACAACACUCCUAAUACUUAGGCUCACUAAGCCUUCUGUUUAUUAUUAUUCCUUUUAGACUAAAGAAACAAUGACAAAUCUCCAAGAUAUUUUGGAUUACAAUGGUUUUUAUAUGAUAAGUUCCUAAGGUUGUGAAGGUAGACUCAGGUUAACAAAAAUCGAUUUAGAAAUGUUUGUCUAAAACCGUGUAAUCCUAAUCUUAUAAAAGCUACUAACUUGUUGUAAACUGUUAAAGAUAGUUAAGACACACAAAAUAAUGGUCAAUCACCUUAUAAAUGACUGAAUGUUUUAAUGUGCUCAAAACUAAGUUUAUAGUCAUAGUAAAUACAUUUAAAAAGAAACUUUGACCUUCUAUAUGUUUUCAAUAUUGAGGUUAAAGUUAAUAACUAAAAACAAAGUUUGAUUAAAGUCAGGUAUAUUUCCUAGAUGGUUACAUCUUUCAAUCAUGUAUCCAUUCAAUAACACACUAGCAGCAUUAACAAAAUAAGAAAUCUUCUCUUUUAUUACUAAAGCUCCAAUUUUAAAUUUAUUUUUUGUACAACUUAACAGGUUUUAAAAUGAGAAUGUAAACAGACUUAGGGUGGAUUAAAAAAUAAAAGUAAAUUAAAAUUAAAAAGUUUUUAAAAAUAUUUCUUCUAAAUAAUCCCAUGGCUCCACAAUACAAAUACAGUUCUAUACUUCUCAUAUUGACUUGGAGACCAUAGGAAAUUAAACCAAAUUACAGUGAAGAAAAAAUAGACUAGUUUAAAGUUUUUUAUAUAAAACUAUUUUGGUACAGUUUAGAAGUCUGUUCCCUCACACCGCCUCCAGUGUGAACACUGCCUAUGUAGUCAAACUGAAGCCACAAACGAGUGGGAGCCGCUACGCCUUCCUGCCGCUCACACCUUUGCUUUUGUUCACACUAUCAACCUCUUCUGAACUUUCUUGUUUACAUAAAAACCCUUGAUUGUUUUCUCUUUCAGGUUUUUCUGUGUUUAUUUCUUCAGUACUUACCUAAUAGAAGAUUCUUAAACUCAAAAUUAAAUUUGCACUAAAUUUUAAAAAGCUAAAUCUUUUCACCUUAAGUUGGAAUCUUUUAAAAAAAAUUAAUGACCACUGUUGAAAUUAAAUGCAUCCUUGGUCUGAUAUAUAAUCAGAUACUGACAAAAGAGAUUGAAAAACAGCCCACAAAAGUCUAAUGUUUAUCAAAGCCUUUUAACACAGUAUAAAGACAUCCGUUUACGCGCAGCUUCUAGGACAUAAUGAUUGGACAUGCACUGGACACCCGAAGCUCUGGCUGUCUGUGUCCGGGACGUUCUCUGCUACAUGUGCUAAACCUCACUGCGGACAAGUGCCUCUCCCUAACAAUCAACUAUAAAGCACAGCAGCUACAGACAUGACGUGAGGCCCUCAAAUCUGCAGAAAAUACUAUUAUAUCUCAUCUAGAGCUUGACUUGGUCAAAUAAUUUGAUACACGUCCUUCCCAGGACUCUCAUGACUGAAUGUUAUUUAAUGUUCUGCUUAAACUACUGAAUAAUUUAAGAAAUUUUUAAUAUAAAUCUUGUUAUUAAGAUCCAUUACUAUAUACAAGGUAAAGUUGUUAUAAAACACUAUCACUUAACUAACAAAUUCUAAACUAUUAAAAAGGGGUAAGAGACUAUAUCUACUUUCUGAUAUGUUAUACUACAUUUAGUUAUGUUAGCUUUAGACUUUUUUCUUCCUUAUUUUUUUUUUUUUGGUUUAUUUGAGACAGGCUUUCUCUGUAAUAGUCCUAGAUGUCCUGGAACUCAAUCUGUAGACCAGGUUGGCCUGGAGCUCACAGAGAUCCAUCUGUCUCAGCAUCCCAAGUACUAGGAUUAAAGGUGUGCCCCAUCACCUCCCAGUUAGAUUUUGUUUUUAUUUUAAAUGAUAAUCCUUUUUUUUCCUGCUUCCCCAAAGCAUUUUUGCCCUAAAGAAGUCACAACCUAAAGUAAAUGCUGAAUAAAAGAAAGAACCCCCAUUCUGUUAACAUUGAGAUGAGGUCACGUCUUUACAGAAAACUAAACAGUCUCAGCUGGCUCCUGAUCCGAAGCAUCCAGCUAGGGCAUCUAGAGACCACUGGACAAAUGAGACAUCUGAAGGCAGACAACACACCGUCAAAAGGAGACGCCCAAGAGAAAGAGUAAACUGGUGCCUUAGGGCAGCAUCAGCGUCUAACUCAUCAAGCUGAGACUCUGAGGAAACAGAGACCCUGUGUGACUGCCCUAAAACGUGAAUCUGUCGUAUUUACCGACGAUCCUGCUAGCUAAUUCUUAGCUCACAAAUGCAGACUCCACACAUCUGUUUUCCGGGGAUUAAAGGCACAUCUGUGGUAGGAGACAGUCUGAUACUGAUUUGCCACGCUAAGGAUUGCGUGUAUGAUUAUUAAAACUACUAAUAUUACAGAAAAUUAUUAAAGAAAUCAACUAAGAGAUGGAUGAACUGAGGACCACAGUUGUAGGAAAUAGAGCUACUGCCAGGCGGUGGUGGCACACGCCUUUAAUCCCAGCAAUCGGGAGGCAGAGGCAGGCGGAUCUCUGUGAGUUCGAGGCCAACCUGGUCUACAAAGCUAGUGCCAGGAUAGGCUCCAAAGCUACACAGAGAAGCCCUGUCUCAAAAAAAAAAAAAAUUAAAAAAAAUAAAAUAAAUUAAAAAAAGAAAUAGAGCUAGUAUAGAUUAUUUGUUGCUGAAGCAUAACCUUGGUUGCCAACAAUUUCCUGGCCUGUGUUGUUGCUUUAAUGUGUCAGAUUCUUCUUUCACUACUGAUGACCAAAUUAAUGGUUUGUACAAAGUUAUAGAUAAACUCUCCCAAGUGACCUAUGAAUGGCCCUCAUGGCCAAGAACAUUUUCCCCUUUCCUUGGUCCUCUGUUAGUUAUUCUUGUAAUUCUCUUGUGCUUGCCUAUAUUAACUAAAGUACCAUAGAGGCAAUGCAUUCAAUCAUGUCCCCCAUUACAACCGCUAUUUUUUCCUUUAAAAACUUAGAAUUGGGGAGAUGUAGAGAGCAAAACCCCUGUGCACACAGAUGAGCACUGGAGAAGCCAGAAAAUUUAAACACCCAGCUUACCUCUUCAAUGGAAUGAGGUGCACAGCUGCUCUUCCUGGCACGCUAGGAAUGAUGGCGUUUUACAACCUGGUGAUCCUUUGCUGUCUGAUGAGACAGGCUCUGCCCUGAUCUCCCAGAAUUUAGGUUUUUACCUAAAUUCUUACCCAGGACCUUUCCCCUAAAUCUUGAGCAUUGCUUUUAGAGUGAAGUCUCUUGUGGUUUACAACAGUCUAUGUGACUUCUGUGUUUUCUUCUGGUCAACCCAAUCCUGACACCCACCAGUGUUAUGUUUGCCCCAGUCAAGAUCCCUAGAGUCCUAGACCCUAAAAUUUGGGUACUAUCUCUGAGUCAACAGUACCCAUUCUUGUGAGAAAAAAAAAGAAAAAAAAAGAAAACCUAAAUGUUCUUUGAAAAGAAUCUGUGUAAAAAUGUCUUAAAUUGUUAUACACUUGGAACUGAGUUAAUUGUUAUCUGAACUUAUUUCUUUUCAGAAACUGUGCUGUGUAUAAAUAUGGCUGAAGUAAAAUGAUCUAGACCAGACUCUAGAAGUACUGGUCCGG